AUGAAGCUUUUAAACUUGCCCCUACUUUUUCUUUUCUCGUUGUUCACAUUCACUGCUGCUUUACCAGUUGGGGUAGGUAUGACUGCUGUGAAUCCGCAGCUUGAUGCCCGUGAUGAACUAGCCACCACGCCCCAAUAUUAUGAAAUGGACAAGAGAGAGAAUGUUUUGUUGACUCAGCUUUUCAAGACCAUGAACAACACUGCUGGUAUCAACUUGAUCAAGGGUGCCACUCAGGUGCCAUUAACACAACAGCAAAUUAUUAAAUUUGUGGCUAACUUGAUCCAAGAGAAAGGCUUGAGUACCAUCUUAAAGGUGGCCGACGAUUCUGGGUUGGCUAUCGAUAUUGUUCUUCUUUUCUUGACCCACUACGAGGUGUACCCAGGCUUGACUGCGGUUGUCAAGAAGUACAAGGGAACAAGUUCUUCUUCAUCCACUCUUAGUGGGUUGACGGGCUCCUCUAAUGGCUCAAGUUCUGGCACUAACACUGGCUCCGGCUCCGGCUCCAGCUCCAGCUCUAACUCCGGUUCCUCGGGAGGUGGCCUUCUUGGAAAUCUUCUUGGAGGAAUUGGUUCGAUUUUUGGAUUGGGCUCUUCUUCCAGCUCUUCUUCUUCAGGCACCACUUCCAAUGUCGCUUCAUCCAGCCCCACCAGCAAUUCUGGCGGCCUUUCCAACCUUCUCAAUUUGUUCGAUUCUCCCAAUAGUGCUGCUGCCUUGGCUGCCUCUUCCACCGCCGGUGCUGGUAAUGCUAUUGCUGAUACUGCUGUUGCUGAUACUGCUGUCGCUGAUACUGCUGGUGCUGUCGCUGGUACUGCUGCAACUACUCCUGCUGCUGGUGCUGCAGCCACUACUACUCCUGCUGCUGGUGCUGGUGCUGCAGCCACUACUACUCCUGCUGGUGCUGGUGCUGCUGCAGCCACUACUACUCCUGCUGCUGGUGCUGGUGCUGCAGCCACUACUACUACUGCUGCUGGUGCUGCCACCACCACUGCAACUUCUGGUGGUGGCCUCUCAGGCCUCAUCAAUGGCAUCACUGGUCUCUUCGGUAUUAACAAAAGAGGUGAGCUUGAGAAUCUCCUUUCCAACGUUGACUUACUCCAACUCUUGCGUGAGAGUGGAUUCCCUGUUGAUGAAGUCUUGGAAAAGAUCCAGAAGCGUGAUGAGGAAUUUACUGACGAAGAGUUUGAGAUCGUCAAGCGUGACUUGCUCGACAUUUUCUACCAGAAUAUCAUUUCUCUCCUUGGUUCCAACGGCACUAUGCUCGAUAUUUGUGAAUCUUUGGAUAAGUCCGGUCUUGGUGUUAAUGUGGCCUACAACGCUAUCGUUGACUCUGGCUUCUAUGACUUCGAUGUCAAGUUGGUCAAGUACCUCGUCACCAAUAAUUACAUUUCCUUGCUGAGUUUGCUCAGUGCCCUUCUCAGUUCGGGUGUUGCCUUGUCUGUGGUUGGCCAGAUCGUCGGCAACUCCACUUACACCAGAUACGUUAUCAACUUGGUUAUUGCCAUUUUCACUGGUAAAGUUGAUAUUCUCGGUUUGAUUACUGCAUUGUUUUAA